CACAGAGAUGAUCAGAUAUCGUCCAUUGUGGCAUGUUUGACUUCCAUGCUCACACUGAACAGGACGGUGUUGGACACGUUCUUAAAGUAUUUCAGAUGUGAGGUUGAACAGUCAAACGGACAUUCAAAAUUGCCGGCACAUGUUAACUUGCCGGUCGCCAUGGCAACCAAGUUUAAGAGAAGGGGAUCCGACUGGGCACUGGAGGGCUGGGACCCUAACGUCCGCCGUCUGAGCUACAAGUACACCACCCUCAUCAAGGGCGACUAUGUGUGGCUGGACUUGAAGAGUGGUCGGGAGUUUGAGGUUCCAAUCGGUGCGGUGGUCAAACUCUGUGACUCGGGACAGAUCCAGGUGGUGGACGAUGAAGGAAAUGAGCACUGGAUCUCCCCCCAGAAUGCCACCAACAUCAAGCCCAUGCAUCCCACCUCCAUCCAUGGAGUGGAGGACAUGAUACGCCUGGGGGACCUCAAUGAGGCCGGGAUCCUCCGCAACCUGCUCAUCAGAUACAGGGAGAAGCUCAUCUAUACAAACUGUGGUGGCAGGACAUAUACUGGCUCCAUCCUGGUGGCCAUCAACCCGUAUCAGCUGCUUCCCAUCUACACGGCCGACCAGAUACGCCUCUACACAAACAAAAAGAUCGGUGAGAUGCCUCCUCACAUCUUCGCCAUUGCUGACAACUGUUACUUCAACAUGCAGAGGAACAACCGUGAUCAGUGUUGUAUCAUCAGCGGAGAAUCUGGAGCGGGAAAGACAGAAAGCACCAAGCUGAUCCUGCAGUUCCUGGCAGCCAUCAGCGGCCAACACUCGUGGAUCGAGCAGCAGGUCCUGGAGGCCAACCCUAUCCUGGAGGCCUUUGGCAACGCAAAAACCAUCCGCAACGACAACUCCUCUCGCUUUGGGAAAUACAUUGACAUCCAUUUCAACAAGAGAGGAGCCAUCGAGGGAGCCAAGAUAGAGCAAUACCUUCUGGAGAAGUCGCGAGUCUGUCGCCAGGCCCAGGAUGAGAGGAACUACCACAUCUUCUACUGCAUGCUGAAAGGCAUGACUGCUGAUGAGAAGAAGAAACUGGGCUUGAGCAAAGCCACAGACUACACCUACCUGACUAUGGGGAAGUGCACGGUGUGUGACGGCCGUGACGACAUGAAGGAGUACUCCAACAUCCGUUCUGCCAUGAAGGUUCUGAUGUUUACUGACAAAGAGAACUGGGAGAUCUCCAAACUGCUGGCCGCUAUUUUACACAUGGGCAACUUGCGAUAUGAAGCACGUACCUAUGACAACCUGGAUGCCUGUGAGGUGGUCCACAGCCCGCAUCUUACGACUGCUGCAACCCUGCUGGAGGUGGAUGGUAAGGACUUAAGGAACUGUCUAACAAGUAGAACUUUGAUCACUAGAGGAGAAACGGUGUCCACCCCCCUCAGCAUGGAACAAGCACUAGAUGUGCGCGAUGCCUUUGUGAAGGGUAUUUACGGCCGCUUGUUCGUGUGGAUCGUGGAGAAGAUCAACGCUGCCAUCUACAAGCCUCCAUCCUCACAGUCCAAAGGUAUCAGACGCUCCAUCGGACUGUUGGACAUCUUUGGCUUUGAAAACUUUACAGUCAACAGCUUCGAGCAGCUUUGCAUCAACUUCGCCAACGAGAACCUGCAGCAGUUCUUUGUGCGUCACGUCUUCAAGCUGGAGCAGGAGGAGUACAACCUGGAGAACAUCAACUGGCAGCACAUCGAGUUUACCGACAACCAGGACGCCCUGGACAUGAUCGCCAUCAAGCCCAUGAACAUCAUCUCGCUGAUCGACGAGGAGAGCAGGUUCCCUAAGGGCACUGACAGCACCAUGCUGAACAAACUCAACUUUCAACACAAAGUCAACACUAACUACAUCCCUCCAAAGAACAAUUACGAAACGCAGUUUGGAAUCCAACACUUUGCUGGAGUCGUUUACUACGAAACCAAAGGCUUCCUGGAGAAGAACAGGGACACUUUAUAUGGUGAUAUCAUCCAGCUGGUUCACUCCUCCAAGAACAAGUUCAUCAAGCAAAUCUUCCAAGCAGAUGUUGCCAUGGUAACACACACACACAAAAUUUACUCAAGCAUGAACAAAAUCAUUAUUUGCAAUAAAACAAAUAAUGGAAGUGGAAUGUUCUCUGGUGGAGCCUUUUCCUGUCCUGCAUGUUUCUACACACAUCUGAGUCACUUCUCUUUGUGUGUGUGUGUGUGUGUGUGUUCUUUGCAUGACCAUCCUGCUUCUUUGCAGUUUCUGUGUGGUUUUGCUCCUGCUUCUUGUCUCCAUCUCCCUUCCAGCACUCUCCCUAAGGGGGCGGAGACCAGGAAGCGUUCUCCCACUCUCAGCAGUCAGUUCAAAAGAUCUCUGGAGUUGCUGAUGAGAACUCUGAGCGUCUGUCAGCCGUUUUUCGUUCGCUGCAUCAAACCUAAUGAGUACAAAAAGCCCAUGCUGUUUGACCGGGACCUGUGCGUGCGUCAGCUGAGGUACUCGGGAAUGAUGGAGACCAUCCGCAUCCGCCGUGCAGGUUAUCCCAUCCGUUACACCUUUGUGGAGUUUGUGGACCGCUACCGUGUGCUCAUGCCUGGAGUGAAGCCGGCGUACAAGCAGGAGGAUCUGAGGGGAACCUGCCAGAGGAUCGCUGAAGCCGUGCUUGGCCGAGAUGAUGACUGGCAGAUGGGAAAGACCAAGAUCUUCCUCAAGGAUCAUCAUGACAUGUUGCUGGAGAUCGAGCGAGACAAGGCCAUCACUGACAAGGUCAUCCUCAUUCAGAAGGUUGUUCGUGGUUUCAAGGACAGAUCAAACUUCCUAAGGAUGAGAAAAUCCGCGGUGUUGAUCCAGAAGACGUGGCGAGGAUAUCUCUGCAGGAAGAAUUACGGAGCUAUGCGGGCGGGCUUUUCUCGCCUCCAGGCUCUGGUCCGCUCCAGAAAGUUGUGUGCUUCAUAUCACGUGGCCCGACAGCGCAUAACAGGUUUCCAGGGUCACUGCCGGGGCUUCCUGGUACGCCGUGCCUUCAGACACCGUCUGUGGGCCGUCAUCACCAUCCAGGCCUACACCAGAGGAAUGAUCGCACGGAGGUUAUACCGCAGGCUAAGGGGCGAGUACCGAAGGAGGCUGGAGGCUGAGAAGAUGCGUCUGGCUGAAGAGACUAAACUGAGGAAUCAGAUGUCUGCAAAGAGAGCCAAGGCUGAAGCUGAACGCAAACACCAGGAGCGUCUGACCCAGUUGGCCAAGGAAGAUGCCGAGCGAGAGAAGAAGGAGAAGGAGGAGGCAAGGAGAAAGAAGGAGCUGGUGGAGCAAAUGGAGCGUGCCCGUAUGGAGCCAGUCAACGACUCAGACAUGGUUGACAAGAUGUUUGGCUUCCUGGGCACUACAAGUUCUUUUCCUGGUCAGGAGGGACAAGCUCCUGUGGGCUUUGAGGACCUGGAAAGGACCCACCGGGAGCUGGAGGAGGAAGACUUGGAUGAAGCUCUUCCUCUGCCAGAGGAUGAUGAUGAGGAGGAUCUGUCUGAGUACAAGUUUUCCAAGUUUGCUGCCACCUACUUCCAGGGCACCACCACGCACACUUAUGUCCGUCGACCCCUGAAGCAGCCGCUGCUCUUCCAUGAUGAUGAGGGAGACCAGCUGGCAGCACUGGCCGUGUGGAUCACAGUGCUCAGGUUCAUGGGAGAUUUGCCUGAGCCCAAAUACCACACAGCCAUCAGUGACGGCAGCGAGAAGAUUCCAGUCAUGACCAAAAUCUACGAGACUCUGGGAAAAAAGACUUACAAGAGAGAGUUGCAGGCACUCCAGGGAGAAGGAGAGACGCCUCAGUCCGACAGCCCUCGCAAGAAUAGCCUCCGACACAAACUGGUCUCGCUUACUCUGAAAAAGAAAUCCAAGAUCACUGAGGAGGUCACAAAGCGCCUUAACGAUGGCGAGUAUGGUCUCCAUGGCAACAGCAUGCUGGAGGACCGGCCGACAUCAAACCUGGAGAAACUUCACUUCAUCAUCGGUAACGGCAUCCUGAGACCUGGGCUGAGGGAUGAGAUCUACUGUCAGAUCUGCAAACAGCUGAGUCAGAACCCAUCUAAGAGCUCUCACGCUCGAGGUUGGAUACUCAUCAGUUUGUGUGUCGGCUGCUUUGCCCCGUCAGACAAGUUCCUCAAGUACUUGAGGAACUUCAUCAGCAGCGGGCCACCGGGCUAUGCUCCGUAUUGUGAAGAAAGACUGAGAAGAACAUUUGUGAAUGGGACCAGAACACAACCUCCAUCCUGGCUGGAGUUGCAGGCAACCAAGUCGAAGAAACCCAUCAUGCUGCCGGUAACGUUCAUGGACGGAACUACCAAAACGCUGCUGACGGACUCAGCCACGACAGCCAAAGAGCUCUGCAACACACUGGCCGACAAGAUCAGCCUGCAGGACAGAUUCGGCUUUUCGCUCUACAUCGCUCUGUUUGACAAGGUCUCAUCUUUGGGCAGCGGAAACGACCACGUGAUGGACGCUGUGUCCCAGUGCGAGCAGUACGCCAAGGAGCAGGGAGCCCAGGAGAGGAACGCUCCCUGGAGGCUGUUCUUCAGAAAGGAGAUCUUCACUCCAUGGCACUGUGCUGCGGACGAUACGGUCGCCACCAACCUCAUCUACCAGCAAACUGUCAGGGGCGUCAAGUUUGGAGAGUACCGCUGCGACAGGGAGGACCUGGCAGAACUGGCAUCUCAGCAGUAUUACGUAGACUACGGCUCAGAGGUCCUGCUGGAGCGACUGCUGAGCCUUAUUCCGUCCUACAUCCCGGAUAGAGAGAUGAGCAGUUCCAGGACGGUGGAAAAAUGGGCUCACUUCAUCAUGGCAGCCCACAAAAAGGGCAUCUACACACAGAAGAGGUUUGACCCUCAGAAGGUCAAAGAGGAAGUGGUGGACUUUGCUCGCCACAAGUGGCCUCUGCUCUUCUCUCGUUUCUAUGAAGCCUUCAAGUUCUCCGGUCCAAGUCUGCCUAAAAACGACCUCAUUGUCGCAGUCAACUGGACAGGCGUGUAUUUUGUCGACGAGCAAGAACAGGUCUUGUUAGAGCUCGCCUUCCCAGAGAUCACUGCGGUGUCAAGCAGCAGGGGAGGAAAGUUGCAGAGUCAGAGCUUCACACUGGCAACCAUCAAAGGAGAAGAGUAUACCUUCACCUCCAACAACGCUGAGGACAUCCGCGACCUGGUGGUGACCUUCCUGGAAGGCCUGAGGAAGAGAUCAAAGUUUGUGGUGGCAUUACAAGACAGCCCCAACCAGAAUGGUGAGCCGUCCACAUUCCUGAGCUUCCAAAAGGGAGACUUGAUCUUGCUAGACCAAGACACUGGUGAGCAAGUUCUCAACUCAGGUUGGGCACAUGGCGUCAACGAGAGAACCAAUCAGAAAGGAGACUUCCCAGCUGACUCCGUCUAUGUCCUGCCCACCAUGACACGACCUCAGCAGGAAAUUGUGGCUCUCGUGACCAUGACACCAGACCAGCGACAACAGUCAGUGAGAGUGUCACAACUUAUGCUUCCUGAGGGUGAAGACUCAGUCAAGCCAUACACACUGGAGGAGUUCUCCUAUGACUACUUCAGGCCUCCUCCCAAACACACACUAAGCAGAGUGAUGGUCACUAAGAAUCGAGGUAAGGACAAGUUAUGGAGUUGCACCAGAGAGCCUCUGAAACAACCACUACUGAAGAAGGUGAUCCAUCAUGAGGAUCUUGCACAGGAGGCCUGCAUGGCUUUCAUUGCUGUGAUGAAGUACAUGGGUGACUACCCCUCCAAACGCACCAGAUCAGUCAACGAGCUGACCGACCAAAUCUUUGAGGGAUCCCUGAAGGCAGAGCCACUGAAGGAUGAGAUCUUUUGCCAGAUCAUCAAACAACUCACUGACAACCACGUCAAGUACAGUGAGGAAAAAGGCUGGGAGCUCCUCUGGUUGUGCACUGGUCUCUUUCCUCCCAGUAACAUCCUUCUGCCACACAUCCAGCGCUUCCUGCAGUCCAAGAGACAACAUCCUCUAUCUGCCGACUGCAUGCACAGGCUACACAAAGCAUUGCGAAACGGCUCCAGGAAAUACCCUCCACAUCUGGUGGAAGUGGAGGCCAUCCAGCACAAGACGACGCAGAUCUUUCACAAAGUGUACUUCCCUGAUGACACAGAUGAGGCGUUUGAAGUGGAGUCCAGUACCAAAGCCAAGGAUUUCUGUCAGAACAUCUCCACCAGACUGCUGCUGAAAUCCCAUGAGGGUUUCAGCCUCUUUGUCAAGAUCUCAGACAAGGUGAUCAGUGUUCCAGAAGGAGAUUUCUUCUUUGACUUUGUCCGACAUUUGACAGACUGGAUCAAGAAAUCACGUCCAGCAAAAGAUGGAAUGGUUCCCUCUCUGACCUAUCAGGUGUUCUUCAUGAAGAAGUUGUGGACCAGCACAGUUCCAGGGAAGGACUCCUUUGCUGACUCUAUCUUCCACUACUACCAGGAGCUGCCCAAAUACCUGCGUGGCUACCACAAGUGUUCUCGAGACGAAGUAUUCCAGCUGGCUGCUCUCAUCUACCGAGUCAAGUUUGAGGAUGACAAAUCCCACUUUCCCACCAUUCCCAAGAUGCUGAGAGAGCUGGUCCCUCAUGAUCUCAUUCGUCAGAUGUCGCCAGAUGACUGGAAAAGGUCUGUGGUGGCCUUCUUCAACAAGCAAGCUGGUAAAUCGCGAGAAGAGGCCAAGCUGAUGUUUCUAAAAAUCAUCUACAAAUGGCAGACCUUUGGCUCCGCCUUCUUUGAAGUCAAGCAAACCACCGAACCCAACUAUCCAGAAAUCCUGUUGAUUGCCAUCAACAAACAUGGAGUCAGUCUCAUUGACCCAAAAACCAAGGACAUCCUGAUCACACAUCCCUUCACCAAGAUCUCCAAUUGGAGCAGUGGGAAUACUUACUUUCACAUCACCAUCGGCAACCUCGUCAGAGGAAGUAAACUCCUCUGUGAAACCUCGCUGGGCUACAAGAUGGACGACCUGUUGACUUCCUACAUCAGUCAGAUGCUCACCACCAUGAACAAGCAGCGGUCGGGGCGUGGGCUCAACAAGUGAACUUCUUACUGGCAGGAGGCCGCCGAGCUCAUCCGCCUCUUGCGUCCUAUUGGUCACUACUGCAGCUGGGGGCGGACCUUCGGUCACCAGUUGUGGUGGAUGAGUCGCGGUGCUUCUGUCAGUUCGGAAGUGUCCAAGCUCCCUGGAGAGAAUUCGGUUAGAAGCAGCCGCAGCAGCGACGAGGACGACCCCGGCGAAGGCCCCAGCAACUACAACCUUUACCACCACCAGGAUGAGACAUCCAGUGAGGACGACUACCUCUAAAAACGCUGUACCGCGGUUCUCCGAGCGACCUUUUGACCCAACUCCUCAUAUUCAGUGAAUGUCCAAACAGCCAGGAAGGAGGAUAGCAUAGACAUUUUCAAGGUCCAAAAUAUACUUGAGCUGAUUGGUAAAUCUGUUUGUUUACAAGAAAUGACCCAAUACUUCUGCUGUAGCUUGCAACAAAAUGUUUUGUGUUUGUCAUGCUGCAGUUGCAACGUCAUUGCUCAGUAUGCUUUGUGGUUGUGUGCGGUGUGCAUACAUACAUGUAUGAAUAGUCCCAAGAUGCAAUUGACAAAAGUGCUGGAAAAUGAGAUGAUUUUGUUGAUUAUCACUCACUGUUGGUACAUUUUUUUGUCGUAACCCUCAUGUUCAGAUUUCAUUUGAGAUGUUUGGACCCUGACAUAUUUGUUGCAUCUCAGUGUCUGUUAGCUCAGCGGUAGCUAUCACAUCGAGAUUGAGUCGGUUGAGUUUGCCUGGCUGUGUUUUCAUCCAUCUGGUUUAACAAGAGAAUGAGAAGUUCCAUAGUGCCAAACCAUCCAGCGAGGCCUUUGUUUUGUCUUUGCCGUGUGCAACGUUUGCCGCUGGUUAAAGAGAUUUACAUGAUUUGUACAAUAUUAACAUAUAAUUUAACUUGUGUGAAUGCAAUGACACAGGAUAAUGUUGAGAUUGAAAUGUUUAGUGUUUUAUAGUAUGUACAGUAAUAUAUUUUCAUGCAUGUCCUGACAUUGUACCGUGUUUUCCUCAGACUAGUUUAUACUGUGUUGUAAUGUGUGUUAUCUUUCAGCUGACUUUGCCAUGUUUAAAUAUUUAGAUUUCACUCAGUCAUGGCCAAAAAUAUUGGCAUUCCAGAGAUGCCGAUGUUUUUGGCCACGGCUGUAUAAAUUAGGUUGAUUUGUAGUCUAUACAGGCAUGGCCAAAAACGUUGGCUUCUUUGGCAUGCCAAUAUUUUGUUUCAGCUCACUAGCAUGUUAACUGGUUAUUCAAAUUUAACUUUGCAGGAUGUUUGUGUCACAAAUGAUAAAAACAACAACCUUGAAAUGCCCCAAGACCAAUAAUGUGUUUUUUAAUGACUGUUGACAAUGACAGAACUUUUUCCACCGUGUACAAAUCAUUAGUCAGCACUUAGCCUACAGUUGAUUUUCUUUUGCUUAAAAGGCAGACGUUUUACGAACGUGAUGAAAUCAUUUAAGUAAUCAUCCAAAACAUGCAGAGCUGCAUGCAUUGUGAAAGAGGCAUCUGGUCAAAUCAACUACAACACAUCUCGAAAUGUCAAGCUGUUUUGCAUCUUCUCUACACUGUUUUUAUUUGGGGAAAAAAUGAUCACCCUACAAAGAUGAUUGAAAAAUAUUCCUAACACUAGCUAUAAUACUGCAAAUAUAUUGCAUUGUUUACAUCCUGUUCUU